AUGGGCAGAGGGAUUCAAGACGACUUCCGUCGGAGUGAUGUUUCUAGUGAUGAUGAUGAGAAUGUAGAUGGUGGGGAUAAUGUGCACGAUGAUGUAGAUGGUGAUGGCGAGGUACAUGCCGAGGUACAUGUAGACGGGGAUAGGGAUAUAGAUGUACAUGGUGGUAGGGAUGUACAUGUAGAUGUUGACGGUGAUGAGGAGGUACAUGCUGAGGUAGAUGGUAAGGGUAAUUUAUUUCAGGAGGAUAAUAUGGUUGGUGAUAAUGAGAGUGAGGAUGUGGCUGAAAGUGGGGCCAUUUUGUCCGAUUUUGAGCAUAACAGUGAAGAAGGGGGAGAAAGUGAGAAUGAUGAUGUUGUUAGUAGGAUAAGUAGGUGUUAG